AUGACUUUGGAGACCGAUAUUAUUCAGCCCGUGAAGGACUUCGUGAGAGACAGCAAAUUCCUGUUGAACCGUUGCACUAAACCUGAUCGCAAGGAAUUCACUCAGACUGCGACUGCCUCUGCUGUUGGUUUCGUCGUUAUGGGACUUGUCGGUUAUUUUGUCAAGCUCAUUCACAUUCCUAUCAACAACAUUCUCAUUGGUGCUUAAGUAAUCGGGGGUGAUGGAAUCUCUGCCAACGCGUUCUUUGACAGAAUUCCUUGUACAAUUGAUCUUUCAUU